AUGGGGAUCUUACCUCGUAGCUCCUCUGGCUACGGUACCAACAGCCUCUGCACGACCCCAGCAUGUAUCGAGAUUGCGGACGACAUUCUAGGCAGCAUGGCUACAAAUCAUGCAAAGAUUGAUCCAUGCACCGACUUCGAUGAACUCGUCUGUGGUAACUGGGCAGAACGCAACCCAGUCCCAGCAGGCGCCAUGUCUGUCGACGUCCUAGGGGCUGUCCAAUCCCAUGUUUACGAUCUCGUCCGACGUGUUCUCGAAGGACCAUACCCUUCCGGCCCUUCAGCCGGCUGGAUAACAGUCAAUCUCACCAAGGAGGAGACUAAGGCUGACAAAGAAAAUUUUGUUAAGAUGCAGGAAGCUUACCAAGUCUGCAUGAAUACAACUGCCCAUGAAGAAGAGGGUCUUAGCCAACUUCGACAAGUGGCCAAGACGAUUGCAAUGACUCUCCCUGCUUCCGGCAACGGAAAGAAAGGAGCUGUGUAUGAUCACUCAAAGGGAAUUGGCCAACUCAUCACUCUGUUCGAAAGCCUGGGCAUCGAAACGACGCAGAGGUUCAUACAAAUCGCAGAGCCUCUGAACCCUGACAAGAUGGCACUUGGCAUCCAGCCACCCACAGAUUCUGGUCUUCCAUCUACUCCCGAGGAUAUGUUUGAGUUCAUUAAGAUUGCAAGCGACCUCAUUUACUCUGUUCAUCCUGCCAACUUGACCAGAGGCGAGGCUCAAACUUUGAUGGAGUCCGUUGUCGCCCUUCAGCUCUCACUCCAACCGGCGGCCGCCCCAGAGACGAAUGCGACAGAGGAGGCGGGCCAGGAACAAGAUACAGAAGAGACUCCUGAUGUAACUCCAUUCGUGUCUAUUACUGAUAUCCAAGAACUCGCUCCGCAGCUGAACUUCAAGUACGUCGUUGAUCAAUUAGCGCCCGAAGGAUUCGACGACUCCAAGAUCAUAUUCGAAUCCGCAGCACUACAUCACAACAUCUCGCAGAAGUUCUCCCAGACACCGCCCGUGGUCAUCCAAACUUACUUCCUUUGGAAAGCCAUCGCUGCGAUGUCUAUCUAUGUCGACUCUCCACAGACCGAUGCCUACAAUACAUGGAAGAUGAAGCAGCAAGGCAGAGAUCCCGGUAGUCCUUCACCUCGCUGGCAGCGAUGCGCAAGUCUUCUCGACAAGGGCGUUGACUGGGUUGCUAACGACAACAUCGCUUCUCAGGUCGUCGGUCCUACCGGUCUAACUUGGAUUCUCGCCCGAUUCUUCGCAGAUAAGCACUUUACACCGGAUGCUAAGAAGUUUACAUCUCAGAUUAUUGAUAAUCUUGAGGAGGCUUUUAUUGGACGCAUUGGAACCAGAGCUUGGGCUACUGAUAAGGUCAAGAAGACUGCUGUUGACAAAGUUCGCGCCAUGGCGAGCAAGAUCGGUUUACCAACUUCCCCUCACGUCACUGACGCAAAGGUUGUGAACAAAUUUUAUUCCGAUAUCGAGAUUACAUCUUCUUUGCUCCUCAACAGUCUUUCUUUUGCUAAGUCUCGGGUUGCAAAGAACUGGGCAUCCCUUGCCAAGCCUGUUGAUCGACAGAAGUUUCCGUCUAGUACUCUGACCACCAAUGCCUUCCAUCAGCCCUCAGGAAACACCAUGGUGAUCCUAGCGGGUAUCCAGCAAUCUCCAAUUUACGACGUUGGCUAUCCCGCAUACAUUACCUAUGGCGGUAUGGGAAGUAUUGUUGGGCAUGAAAUCACCCAUGGCUUCGACGACAGUGGCCAUCAGUAUGACAAGACUGGUAAUAAGAGCGCGUGGUUCGAUGAGAAGUCCACAGCUGGAUUUAAGAAGUCCAGUGACUGCUUUAUCAAGCAAUACGGCAACUUCACCAUCACCGGUCCCGACGGAGAAGAGGAGAGGAUUGACGGAGAGCUUACAUUGGGUGAGAACGUUGCAGACGCUGGUGGUAUUCUCUCUAGCUUUGCAGCUUGGAAGAAAUGGGAGAAGGAUAACGGAAAAGCGCAAGAUCUGCCUGGACUUGGUAACUUCACGCAUGAGCAGCUGUUCUUUGUCAAGUGGGGUCAGAAUUGGUGUGAGAACAUCAAACCUGCGCAGGUCAUUGCUGGGUUGACGGAUGAGCAUAGCCCUAACCAGGCUAGGAUCUUGUUGCCGUUGAAGAACUCUGCUGAUUUCCAGCGGGCGUUCAAGUGCCCUCAGAAGAAGCCUGUUUGCGAGCUUUGGUAG